AUGAAGCUUUCUUUAACCCUUUUCCUAUCAUCAGUGCUGUACCAAGCAGGUCAGAUCAGUGGCUUGCCAUCUAUCAACGGUUCUGCAUUCAAAGUUGCAGCGGUUCGCGAACCUCCAGUGAAUUUCGCCCUUCCGGUAGCCCUCAACAAGACGUGGGUGGAUUUUCACCUGAAUGAUACUAUAACACAGGCCAUCGAGAUCAUCCAGGAGGCAAAGAUAGAAGGCGUUUCGCUUAUCGCGUUUCCCGAGCUCUACUUCCCCGGCUACCCAGUGGCAGUCAACACCAAAUAUACCUCUGAAAACAUCGCCCAAUAUGUAUCUCAGUCCAUGUCGGUCAAUGGCUCCAACUUUCAAAGACUAGUCAAUGCCUUCCGAGAGGCCGCUAUGUACGGCUCUUUCGGCUUUUCAGAAGUCGCCAACAAUUCCAUCUUCAUGGCUCAAGUCUUGAUCGGGCCGGAUGGGAAUGUUCUGAUUCAUCGUCGCAAACUACGUCCCUCGGGUGUCGAGCGUGAUAUUUGGUCUGACGGAGAUCCCUCGGGACUGGUUGUCAAGAACACCCCAUAUGGUCGUAUCGGCAUGCUCGAGUGCUGGGAGCAUUUUCACCCAACCAUGUACUUCCCCAUGCUUGCACAGCAAGAGAAUAUUCACAUUGCCGCCUUCCCCUACGCCAGCGACCUCGGAGUCGACCCAUUGGCAUGGGAGGAUAGUAACAUAGACGUCUCCGCUGCCCGCUGGUAUUCAACCAACAUGGGCGGCACCGUCGUGAUGCCGGCAGUCGGAUCCGCCGCGAUCUUUGUCGAUGGCGGUAGGACGGCUAAUAUCACUAAUGCGACGGCUAACCCCUCGUGGAGAUAUGUGACAGCUACUAUCGACACAACUCAGUUCUCUAGUGCUGCGUUUGACCGUGACGGUGAGCACAGCUGGGCUGUGCUGAAGCAGAUAAUAGAGAAUUAUCCCUCCUAUAUUCCCAAGGCGGGCAGCAGUUUUUUUGACAAGAAGACUGUCGAUGUUCGGAAUAUUACUGUCUAA